AUGGCAGAAAAUGAAGACGUGGUGGUCUUGGAAAAUGAUACCUUGGCCGAGGACGAUGUACAGGACUGGAGUGCGCUCAAUGCGGGCGUCUUGAAAAUCGCCGAUGAGGCACUUCCGAAGAGAGAAGGGAAGUUUUUUGAUCAGGAUGGGUCAAAUACCCAGAUGGAGCGAUUAUCUGAUGCGCGCAACCAGAUGUAUUUUGCCCUUCUGCAUAUCAGAGGCCACCACGUGAAACUGACCUUGCGGGCGGUGUGGUGUCCGUCUCGAAUGAUGGCUUUGGUGCCUCAUGCCAAGGGAAGUUUUUUCAAGGACGUGGGUGUUGCGCAUACGUAUAAGCGGAAAAAGAAAGCUCAAGGUAUGUGGUUGUCACCAUUUGAAGUGGUUUAUUUGGUCGAGAGGGGUUCUCUUGUAGUUUAUUUGGGAGAUGAUUCUGUCGAAACAUUCCUCGAAAACGAGGAUCUGGCCCUCGACUAUGAACCUUUGAAGAAACUACCUUUGAGCCAUUUGUACGCUUUAGCUCUAGCGCUGGAUCUAGAUCUCGUGGACCAGUAUGAGACAUAUGCUUUGUUGAAGCGACUAGGGUAUCUUAUUCUAGAACGGAAGGUUGAAGUGAAACAUGAAGUUGUGCCUACUGCAAAACCAAAAGCUAGCCUUUGGGAACGGAUCUAUUUAUCGUUGACUCUGACGGCUACUCUGUUGUUCUCUCGACUCUACAGUGCAUUAUAUUUUGGUAGAGUGCAUUUCUUUAGUUUCACACUGGUAUACCAACUGCUCCGGCUCAUCUCGACAUACACGCCUGGUCCUCAAGAAAUGAGUAUGCUGCCGCCAUUGGAUCACCGGUAUCGCAUUAUGUUUGACGUCUGGAAACCAUCGCCAGGCUUCAGCAAAAAAAACCCACCGGUUCCUGAUUUCCAAGUGAGCGUUGUCAAUGUGAGUCGAGUUCCUUUCCCUUCAAUCUCAGUCAUCAAAGCCAUGUGGGGCCAGGUAAAACGCAGGCCGACUAAUGUGGAUACGUCUAAGUCUAGCAUCAAACCCAAGCAGAGCAGCAAGUUCGUAUCGAAGCGGGACGAACGUUUGAAACGGAAAGCUGAAAGAGAUUCAAAACUUGAUCCUGCCAUCAGAAGCCGGAACGACUACCUUGCCAAAAAAGAGAAGUUGCUCAAGGGCGGAUCUACUGGCACCCAGGUUGUCCUCGCGGCGGUGGAUACGGGCGUCAUCAAUUUCAGCAUAUUUAACGAGACUGAGUUCUCUCUCAAAUCGGACGCAACAAUUGCCGAUUUGAAUUGCUUGGAAUCGCGAGCUGACCAUGGUAUCGUCUGGAACGAGAAAGUGGUACCAUUGAAUAAGUCAUAG